GAACUGGGUUCCUGCAAGCAAGCAGGCUGUAACUGUUUCCUACUUCUAUGACAGCACGAGAAACAGCUAUCGGAUUAUCAGUGUGGAUGGAGCCAAGGUGAUCAUAAACAGCACAAUCACACCCAACAUGACCUUCACUAAAACGUCGCAGAAGUUCGGGCAGUGGGCAGACAGCAGAGCCAACACCGUGUUUGGGCUGGGCUUUCCCUCAGAGCAGCAGCUGACAAAGUUUGCAGAGAAGUUCCAAGAAGUAAAAGAGGCUGCCAAACUAGCAAGAGACAGAUCUCAAGAAAAAAUUGAGACCUCAAGCAAUCAUUCCCAGACCAGCUUUGCAGCCAAGAUGAAAAGGGAGUCUGGACGUGAAACACCAUCCUCCACUCGAGCUUCUAGUGUGAACGGCACAGACGACGAGAAGGCAUCACAUGGUGGCCCUGCUGAGGCACAUCUCAAGUCUGAGAAUGAUAAAUUAAAAAUUGCUCUAGCCCAAAGUUCAUCCAAUGUGAAGAAGUGGGAGACGGAGCUGCAGACACUGCGGGAGAGCAACGCCCGGCUGUCCACAGCACUGCAGGAGUCUGCAGCCAGCAUCGAGCACUGGAAGAAGCAGUUCUCAGCCUGCAAGGAGGAGAAUGACCAGCUGAGGAGCAAGAUUGAAGAACUGGAGGAACAGUGCAAUGAAAUAAAUAAAGAGAAGGAAAGAAAUGCCCAACUGAGUAGACGUCUCCAAGAACUGGAAACAGAACUUCAGGACAAAGAGCUGGAACUGGAAGAACUCCGAAAGCAGGGUGAAAUUAUACCAGAGCUAAUGUCAGAAUGUGAAUCUGUAUCUGAACAAUUACAGGCUGCUGAGAAAAAGAACAAAGAUCUUGAAGAGAAAGUCAGAACACUAAGGACAGAAGUCGAAGAGAGUAAACACAGGCAGACCAACCUUAAAACUGAAUUAAAGAAUUUUUUAGAUGUACUAGACGGGAAGAUAGAUGAAUUACAUGAUUUCCGACAAGGACUGUCUAAACUUGGGGUUGACAAUUAGAUGGCAAUAGAUCUUUUUUGUAAUCUAGGGUCUGGAUGUUUGAUGUUUUGUUGAUCCCAAACAUGUGUUUUACGAAAUAUAACUAGAAUGUUCCACUUGUUUGCAUUGGUUUUGUACAUAGAGGCUGAACAUUUGCUGUGGGGGUUUUUUUGGUGGGUUUCUUGUUUUGUUUGUUUAUUUACCAAACCAAUCAUGCUGCUCACUGAAUUCUGUUGAGAUUAGAAACUUUCUAUAUUGCUGCUCUGGCUUUGUGGGGUUGGGAACAGGUAGAGGGUUCUGUCUCAGGAAUCUGGAACUAGAUCUACCUUAAAAUGAAUAUGCAGUUAGUUGUUGCAGGGAAAUUUAUAUCUUUCUUAAGGGCUGUUGCAACCAUAGAAACAGAAAACAAGUCUUUUUCCUGUCCAAACUAUCAGCACUCUUAGCAACAAAGACUUUUAUUCCUUGGAGGAGUAGAGAGAUUAUCUGGAGCUCCUGCAGUUUGUAAAAUGUGCCUGUGGUGAGCUGCAGUCAAGUGAAUCACUUCACACAGAUACCAGGAUCUGUAGGGACCACGUCAAUCAGGCCUAAUUCACCAAAAAAAAAAAAAAUAAACCCCCAAAAAACCCCAAAGUGCAGUGGAUUUCAGAUAACCUCUGACAGAGGUUACAUUUGCUUGCCUGGACCCAUACAGCACAAAGUCAAUGAUGUAGAAAUGAGUUUCAGCUCUUGAAGUCAUGAGUCUUACCCAGUUGGUGAGGACAGCUUCUCUUGCUUAGCAGCAUCACCUCUCUUUAGCCUUCAGUUUUGAACCCAUACAGUCCCUUCAUUAUGCCCACCUGAGUCUGGGGACCAGAUAUUUAUUUUUAAAAGUAAUUUGUUGCUGGUUUGUACAUGACUCAUGCCCCUCUGUGCAACUUGAUCACUGUUGAUUAACUUCUGCAGCAGUGAAGAAGGAGACAAUGCAUGAAAGCAUUAUAAGGUAACUUGAAGGUGCUACUCAGAAGCAAGUUUCUGCCCACAAGUCUGUCAGGGCCAUGACCACAUGAAAUAAAAAUCCUUUCCUAUGAUUUCUGCAUUCUUUGGCAGUAGGGUGAGAAUUAGUCACCAAGUGAUAAUGUACAAAAAAACCCCCACCCCAACCUGAGAUGCAGAAGUGCUGUUGUAUUCUUGAACUGGUUAUUCAGCAGCUCUAAGGGUGUUUUGAGAAAUGCAAGGUCAUACCCUGGCCUCCAGUGAGAAGGAAGUUCACUUAAUUACAGAUAGGAAUGUAAAACGGGCCAGAGAGGAGAAUCCAGCCAAGUUUUGCUCUUUCCCUAGGACUUCCUUCAGCUUCUUUCUCUUCUUUUUUCACAACCUGGUUUGUGAGUAUUUACAUGGGAUCUGAAUUAAUUCAGGAAAGUACUUUUGUUUAUGUGAUAUUAUUACUUGCUUCUUGGUUAAGCACCAUGUUAGUGCUUUCCAGCAGUGACUGAUGUAAAAUUGCCAUGCUUUUUUUUUAAUUUAGGGGCUUUUUUCUUUUUUUGGCACAUCUCGAUGAUUAAAGUGACCUUUGAAAGAAAGAUAGGUUAUAGAUGAAACAUGCAUUGAAUACUUUUUUGCACCUGAAUAUAUAAUCCCCAUGGUGGGGAUAGGGUCUGUCUGCAAUUGUCCCUUGAAUUUUCUUUUCAUCUGUUACAUUAUCUUCGUUACCUGUUUUUCAGACUGGACUCUGAGUAUUUUUGCUUUUACUCCUUUUAAACAAUGGAUGUGAAGCUGGGACCUUUCAUAACCAUUAUGACCAUUUAAGUCUCUUUAAAACAAAAUUACUGUAGGCUUUUGAUAUUUAAAAAUAAAAAUAAAGAUCAGGUACAUAACAUGUAGGCGUGUGAAAAUUAGACUUUGCCAGUGUGGAAGAUUCAACAGUUGCAUAAUGUGGGGGUUAGAUCAGACUUCUCAAAAUGAAAAUGACAUCAGAAACUCUGUGUGGUUCUGCACAAGUAGUCUCCGUUUUUAGUCUCCUUAUCUGAUAGAAAGUCAGAUAUAUACCAGCAUUUAUCAGGCAGCUCAUCCUGCUUCUCCUCUCCUCCCAUGCUGGUUUUGGACCCUGCAUCAGCUGGGAAUCACAGCAUAACACAACUAAGAGCUGCAAGAAGUACUGGCAGUCAGAGCCCUACUCCUCGCAGUGGUUCAUUGCCUUUGUAUGAAGGACUCCACUCUAUCUUCUUUUUCCUGUUGAGUAAUCUUAGGGCUCCCCUCUUUGUUUUAAUAUAGCCUAUGUUUUUUAGCAUGUUAGAUUCCAGGUAAAAGGAUGCAAAAGACUCUGUGAACAAAUUAUUUUAUUGGGGUUAAUCCAGAUCUUUUUUCCCACUUUAGUCAGGUCUAUCUCAGAUCCAGUUCAUUAGGAAUGUAUUAAGCCACUCUUAAAUUGCAAGAGAAGUGUUUCCAUGGAAUUGCAUUGAUUUAACAGAUGGAGUUUAAUGCUGGCACAUUAAGCCAGUGCAUAGCUUUGACACAGGCAGUUAUUUCUGGGUGCUUUGUGCCCACCAGAGGAGUGAUGAGGGUGUUCUUAGAGAAAUCCCUGCCCUGUCUCUUCUAGUCUUGUCCCAAAUGUAUGUAUUUGCUCGUUAUCUUCUAUUGCUCUGAUGCUGAGUUGUUAGGGAUGCCUGUACACAGCUCUAUGCUGUGGGAAACUCUAUCCUUUAAGAAUCCAAGGUCUUGCUAUAAUUGCCUUCUUACUUUUUCCUUCCCAGCAGCAGCAAGUUGAGAGCUUCUAUGUAUAAUCACUUAAAAACUUCCCCAAACUCCAUCUCUUUUAGCCUUUCUCUCUCUUUCAUUGUAUUUUUCCUCUUCAAAAGCCAAAAGUGUACUAGGAAGAGGCAGUGCAUGCUCUCAGGAAUGUUUGGGCACCAGCUGCAGCUGCCCUCUCUGGCCUGGCCCCAUUCCUGCCCCAGGACUGGCAUCCCAUGCUGCUGCUGGGCAGGGACCAUCGGUGUCACACACUGCUUAUUCCUCGACGCGCUGUGAUGGCCCAGCAAUAACCCAUGUGCCAAAUCAUGAGCCUCACACUACUCCUCAGAAACUCGUCCAUGCAUUGAAAUGCCUCUUCCCUCCAGGUGGGAGCAUCAGGGCAGCCAGCCUUCCCCACCAAAAUGCAGGCACCAUCCUAUGGAUGCAUUUAAUCCACCUUUUGUGCACAGUUGGAACUCAGCCUGUUCCUGUGGGCGCCCUGAGUUCAGUUGGCAGACACCUACUGAGGGAUGGCCCCAGAUGCUGCUGGGGCAAAGAAAUGCUCACCCCUGUCCCAGAGAGGGUCUGCAGACUUUGGUUUUGUUAUACAGUGCUGGGCAAAUCCUUAUUUCCAAAUGCCAUCAGCAAUGUGUUGGUCAGUGCUCCAAUUCCAUCCAACCUGACUGGAGGUGUCUUUAUACGAGGCUGAGUCUCACCUUGGGCCACCCUGAGUUCCCUUUCUGGACACAGGUUUCUCCCUCUAAGUGGUUGAUGGCAGGAUCUCUCCUACCUCACUUACACAGUCUUUUUUUAACAAAGGUCUUGUGCUUGGCACUUCUUGUGCUGAGUUCUGUUGGCUGCACCACCACAGAUCCUGCCACACUGAGGCUUUAGGAAGAAAAAUCUGUGCUGGCCUCUUGUGACACCAGGGCAGAGAGUGUCUUACUGUUCUCUGGGCUGUGUCGCUUCUUUUAGCUGGUGUUAGAGCUGCUGAAUAAUGGUGGGGUUUGAAUGUUUUUUGGUGGCCAAAAUGAGAAAUAAACAGGGCUACUUCAUAUUAGCACAAAACCAAAAAAUAUUCAGUGAAAUAAAAAUACAUGAAUUGUUUUCAGUUGUUUCAUAUCUAAUAUUCCAUUGGGUAUGUUACAUCACAUUUUGGAAAAUUACCUUAGUCUCAUAUUAGAAAUAAAUUAUUUCAAAAUGAAAAACUGAAACAUUGUUUCACACCUCAAAAUAAAGUAGGUUAACCUUUUUCUUUUUUACUAUUUGGCUGAAUCUUUAUUUGCCAAUUUUGACUCAACUUCACAAGUAGUUUUGUUUGACCUAAAAAUGUAUUUUCAGCAAAAGCAGUACUUUACAGUGUUCUAUCUACAUCUAAUUGGUGUCUCCUUUGCUAAGUGAGCUCACUGGAAGAAAACUGUCUUUCCUGUAAGGAAUUCCAUGCCACCUCUCCCUUUCUGUAUCCUAGUAUUCAAAAGAUUCACGUUUUAAAAACAGUUUUAUGCUGGGUGCAUCUGUGCCCAGAAAACAAAUGUUCUUUAAACAAUGUCUUUUUUCUGGACAAACACCUGAUUUUUUUUUGUCUGAACAGUUUAGAGAGAACAUUUUUUUAAAGCUACCCAGUAAAUUAAGGUGAGUGGGAAGGGUUUCUGCUGUUCUGCCUGUUGUCACUGCCAUUGCUUUCCAAGGGUACCAGCCAAAGCAUUUGUGGUGCUGAGGCAGGUGCUCACCUGCCUGUGUUUGUUGGGUGGCUUGUUGGGCACAGGAAGCCUAAAUUGUCCUUAGGCUUCUGCACUCUUCUCUAUGCUGUUCAAUUUUUUUCCCAAGUGUUUAUUUUCUCCCUUAUUAAUUUUUUGCCACCUUUGGUGGCUUCAUAAGUAACAGAAGGAAAAUUCUCUGUUACUGCCACCACCUUGCAGUGGUGGGAGUUUCUCAGCUACAAGACCAUGCUCUUCCUUAGGCUCUUCCAAAGCGUUAUCUCUGCAAAACCCUUCGAAGCAUCAGUGGCUUGUAAAGAAUAUAGUGUUGUCUUCCUGAGCCUAUGGAUUAACAAAAAUAAAACUGCUAUAAGGGUGAAACACCUCACUUAGCUUAGUGUGUGACCAAUGCUGAACCCAAAGGGAAGGGGUGUAAGGAAAGGUCAGCAGCAGCAGCUAAUUUCGAUGAUUGUUUCAGCAGAGGCUUUGGUGAAAGGUGCUCUGCCCACAAGCUGUGGAUGGGCCAAAGGUCUGGAUGGCCACACUGAUCCAUCAGCUCACCCACCUUUGUUCAGGCACUUCUGGACUUGUCAAGCCUGUAAUUAUCAAAAAGUCCUCAGCAUAUCACACAGGUGGUGAUGUGAGGGGUGGAAGGCGAAUGUCCUCACACACAGAGCUGAGCAGUGUGAGAGCGUUGCAGCACUGGUUAUGAUCACACAGUUGCAGUCAAAAAUAGAAAAAGCUGUUGCUGUCCUACAGGGCCUCAGCAGUACCAGGGACCUUGCAUAAGGGCAGGCUCAGCUUUUGACGGGGGCUGAAAGGCAGCAAGGACUCCAUGGCUGGGCUGGCAGGGUCUGGUUGUGGACACAAUUUAGCAAUGGUAAGACACAGAGCUACCCUAAGGUAAUUUUUCUUUCCAUAGAUUGUGUUCAACAAGCACCUGUGCGUCAGGCAAAGCAAUAUGUAGCCACAGGAUGUUUAAUCCAGACACACCACCAGUGGGAGAGCCCCAUCUGGCUUACACAGCCUGGCCAGGGAUGUUGUGCCUGGAGUCCUGUGCCCUGGGAGCUUGACAGUGUUUUAGGCUCGCUAUUAGAAUGUAAACUUGACAGUUACAUGAAGUUUGCACGUCUUAAAUACCAUUCUCUGUGGUAAAUAAUAAGGUACCUGAAGUGAAAUAGAGUGAGGAGGUGAAUGAUAAAUAUGACAAAGGUGCUUCCCAAAUGAGGGCUCUCCUGCAGGCUGUGGACAGAGCUGAUCCUGGCCAGGAGGGCUUUGCUUGUGUCCCUGGAGGAUUUUGGAUGUCCAACCUGUUUGAUUUUCUACUGUGUAUUGUCUUAGCUCUUCUUUUUUUUCUUUUUUCUUUUUUCUUUUUUUUUUAAACAGGUAGCAUGAACAUACAGUCUUCAGAUGAAGGUGCCUAUACCUCCAAAAAUUUUAUAUGCACAUUUUGAAAUUUAGUUCAUUUAGUAACUAAUAUUAAUGGUACACACAUGAAAGGCACUUGAGAAAAAUCUGUUUGCUGGUGUAUUUUUGUUUGGGUUGGAUUUGUUUGGGUUUUUUUUAACACUGGUCAGCAAUAAUUAUUUUAGCCAUAUACUAAAGCUAAAAGAACCGAUAUGUAAGAUUUGUGAAAUAAGUUUCUAAGUUUGCAGUGUGCUGAUUAACUUUGAUAUGUGAUGAGGGAGCUAUGCUCAAUAAAAGAGUAUUUUGCAGCAUUUAGAUGUUUUCAUUUAAUUGCCUAAUAGUGAUCAUGAACAUAAUAUUCUAUAAAGCUCAUCAUGAAUGGCAAACAAAGCACAUCAUUUUUAACAUGCUAUAUCCCUUGUAGUUGAAAGUUCUGAGAGUGUUUUAGUGUGGUCUGCUAUACCAAAAUAUUUAGAUUAUUAUGAGAUUUUAGUACUAAAGAUAAACAUACACCCUGUUUUUACUGUUUCAAGUAAAGUUUAGUGAAUGACUGACAAUUUGUUGGUAUACAACUGUGGGAAAACACUGCAGUGCUCUAAAUGUAUCUUUUUAUUUGGGUUUAUUAUAUUUAGUAUAUGGUUUAAUGAAAACUGAAGUGUUUACUACAGUUGGAUCAUCAUAAAAGCAUCUCUUACCUCAUCAUUUUGUCUGCUGUAAAAAAGUACUUUCCUCUUUUUUUUCUUUUUUCAAAUUGACCAUAGACAGUCAAUGUUAACAUUUAGACUCCUAGUAGCAGUAAAUGCUGGGUUUUAUAUCUCUAAAAGGAAAACUUGAUUUUUUUCUUUAUGAACUUAUUAUAUAACUUUGUGAUUUUUAUCUGAUUUUAUUGUAACAUAAAGUUGUUUUAUGUAAAAAUAUAUAGUUUAAGUAAAA